AACUUACAAGUCCUACUGCUACGCCAACCCUCAAAGCCACCGCUGCCUUACUUUUGUUAUACCUUGAGUAAUAUCCAAGCUUCCUUCCUUCCUUCUUCCUCUGAUCGUCUCUGUGUUUCAAGCUCUUCUCCUUCCUCCCAUGGAGAAACACCAAUACGGCUUGGUGCUAACUGUUUCUGUAGUCGCCUCCCUCGGCGUUGUCUCCUUCGUUUCAUGUAUAGCUGCAGAGACUAAGAGAAUUAGGGAGGAUGAGGUCAAGUUGGUCGGAAGACUCUGUAAAUUGCCUGAAAGUCAUGCAUUUGUGUUCGGAAUUGCAGCUUUGAUAUGCUUGGUUGUUGCUCAGGUGAUCGGGAAUUUGGCAGCUAUACGCAUUCAUUUUUGUUCAACAGAGAAGAAGAGUAGCGGUUCCAAAGCCAAACAGCCAGCGAUUUUGAUUGCUCUUCUGUUCAUCUCUUGGGUGAGCUUUGUGAUAGCAGUGACAUUGAUAAGCACAGCUACUAGCAUGAGCAGAAAGCAGUCCUAUGGAGAAGGAUGGUUGGAUGGUGAAUGCUACCUUGUCAAGCAAGGAAUCUAUAUUGGUUCAGGAAUACUGGUCCUGGUUACUGUUGGUUCCACACUAGGCUUAGCGAUCACAACUAUGAGGAAGAGUCAAGUUGAAGAAGGCUUCAUAGGAGGAGAGCAAAGAAAGUUGAACACCAAGUUGUAGUAGAUUAGAUAAGAGACUUCUUUUUGUAAAGGCAGAGAGAUAUCAUCCUCUAACCUAUUCGGCUAUUCCCCUAAGGCAACGUGACAGCAAUACCAAACACAAAUGUAUAGCCCAAAUUACUUGUAUAAAAAUGGAGAUACAAAGGGCGUGAUUGGAAUUAUAUCAACUCGACUAGUGCUGCAUAUGUUGGAUAUUUGUACCAAAACUCCAUAACCAAAUGACAUCAUCGUUU